AUGCCUCCAAGGAAUACGUGGAAGAGGCGCUGGACGUUGCCGUGGUUGAGCCAGCCGCAGUUGCGUCCGGUGCCGUUGAUCAUGCGCAGGGUUUACUGGAGGUCGGGGCAAAGCCUGAACUGGCGACCGGGGGCGAUCACAAGGCGGCUGAGCACCCCGAUGGCCACAAGCGGGAGUUGUAGCCACUGCAGCGGUGUGCACGUAUGCGUGCGUGGGGGCCGCGUUGCCCUCUGCCUUGCUUCGGCUUCAUCGGCGCCCCAUUGUGGGGUGUUAGAAAUGAGGUGCGAGGUUGCGGCGAAGGAAGAAGACAUGAAGGCUCACAUCCACGCAACGCAGCCAAGGAACAAGGCAUGGGAUGUGGUGAGGAAAAAAAAAAUAAAAAUAAAAAAAAAUUAA